AGCCUUCUUUUGCUUCUGCUGCUGCUUACCUGCUCGCCGAAUGGCACGACAGUGGCGACGGCGCGGCGAAUACAGGCCUCAGACUUUAGCGUGCUGGAGCAGCUGCUGGAGUCGUGGAAUGGCUUUGCUGAUGGCAAGACGUGGUCGCCCAACAGCGACUGCUCCACAGUGCAGGGCAUCACCUGCGAUACCAAUGGCUACGUGGUCUCACUGUCAACAUCGGGCAACGACCUGCGGGCGUUCAUCCCACACGAGAUCAGCGGCCUGCAGCAUCUCACAUUCCUAUCCAUCACGGCCAGUCAUCUAGUGGGCUACCUUCCCUCGGGCCUCUUCAACCUACCACUUCUCAAGGGCCUGUGCGUGCUCACUGCGUGCUCACUGCGUGCUCGCUGGGUGCUCUCUGGGUGCUAG